UUUGCUGUCCAUACGUGGUUCGAGAGGAUCAGUAUCAUGGUGAUUCUGCUCAACUGUGUCACCCUGGGGAUGUACCAGCCCUGUGAGAACAUCGACUGCACUUCAGACCGCUGUCAGAUACUACAGGCUUUCGAUGCGUUCAUCUACAUAUUCUUUGCGUUGGAGAUGGUGGUGAAGAUGGUGGCGCUGGGAAUCUUCGGGAGACGCUGUUACCUUGGCGACACCUGGAACAGACUAGACUUCUUCAUCGUCAUGUCUGGGAUGGUGGAGUACUCGUUGGACCUGCAGAACAUCAACCUCUCAGCCAUCAGGACAGUCAGGGUCCUCAGACCCCUCAAAGCCAUCAACAGAGUACCCAGUAUGCGUAUCCUGGUGAAUCUCCUCCUGGACACUCUGCCCAUGUUGGGAAACGUCCUCCUGCUUUGUUUCUUCGUCUUCUUCAUCUUCGGCAUCAUCGGAGUGCAGCUGUGGGCGGGACUACUGAGGAACCGUUGCUACCUCGAGGAAAACUUCACCCUUUCGUCAGGUCUGACCCUGCCCGCCCCGUACUACCAGCCGGAGGAGGAUGACGAGCGCCCUUUCAUCUGCUCUCUGGCCCAGGAUAACGGGAUCAUGUCAUGUGGUGACGUCCCGGCCCGGAGGGAGGGGGGAAGGACCUGCUGUCUGGACAGGGAGGAUGCCUACCACCGCCAGUCCCUGGGGCUCAGCCCUGAACCACUAGUCAACGGUUCAGCCAGUGGAGUGGGUCUCUGUAUCAACUGGAACCAGUACUAUACUAGAUGCCAUACUGGACAUAGUAAUCCACACAAGGGGGCGAUCAACUUCGAUAACAUCGUAUACGCCUGGAUUGUUAUCUUCCAGGUGAUCACUCUGGAGGGCUGGGUAGAGAUCAUGUACUAUGUAAUGGAUGCUCACUCCUUCUACAACUUCAUCUACUUCAUCUUCCUCAUCAUUAUUGGCUCGUUCUUCAUGAUCAACUUAUGUCUGGUGGUCAUCGCCACCCAGUUCAGUGAGACCAAGCAGCGGGAGCACCAGCUGAUGCAGGAGCAGCGGGCCCAGUGCCUGUCCUCCUCUACCCUGGCCAGCCUGCAUGAACCGGGGGACUGCUACGAAGAGCUCUUCCAGCUGGUCUGCCACAUGCUGCGCAAGGCCCGCAGGAGAUCUGUAGCCCUGUAUAACCAACUGAGAGGAAGGCCUCUGCCACCACCACCCACUAGAGGGAGAGGAAGAGGAAGAGGAGGAGGGGAAGGAGGAGGGAAUGCGAACGGAGGGGACAGGCAUCACCCGAGGCAGCCGCGACAAUCUCACUGUCCUCACCAAAGCAAGCUGGACCCAAUCCACAGCUCCCAACCCCUGGGCAACUCCAUUGCCCUGGCCGUCCCUCAAAACACAGAGGACUGUCCUCAGUGCGCUGCGGCACUGUCACUCAGGGAGGGGGCGGGAGCUGUGGGCGACUCAGCCAAUGGGGAGGAGGAGGAGGGGGCCGUGGAGGAGACGGACAGGGAGGAGAACCACUUGGAGGAGAAAGCAGAAGAGGGGGAGGGAGUGAAGAAGAAGAGGAAGAGGAGGUCGUGUUUUGGGCACUGUAAGGACAUGUGGGAUGAGAUGAGGAAGAAACUUUGGGGCAUCGUGGAGAGCAAAUACUUCAAUAGAGGAAUCAUGAUCGCUAUUCUCAUCAAUACUAUCAGCAUGGGGAUAGAACAUCACAACCAGCCGGAGGAGCUGACUAACGUGUUGGAGAUCAGUAACAUUGUGUUCACCAGUAUGUUCACCCUGGAAAUGAUCCUCAAGCUGACCGCCUUUGGCUUCUUCGCCUACCUGAGGAACCCCUACAACAUCUUCGACGGCAUCAUCGUCAUCAUCAGUGUGUGUGAGAUCAUAGGCCAGUCUGAUGGAGGUCUGUCUGUCCUGAGGACCUUCAGACUGUUGAGGGUGAUCAAGCUGGUGCGCUUCAUGCCCGCGCUGCGCAGACAGCUGGUGGUGCUGAUGAAGACCAUGGACAACGUGGCCACCUUCUGCAUGCUCCUCAUGCUCUUCAUCUUCAUCUUCAGUAUCCUGGGGAUGCAUAUCUUUGGCUGUAAGUUCAGUCUGAAGACAGAGACUGGAGACACUGUUCCUGACAGGAAGAACUUUGACUCUCUACUGUGGGCCAUUGUCACUGUGUUUCAGAUUCUGACUCAGGAAGACUGGAACAUGGUGCUGUAUAAUGGAAUGGCCUCCACCUCUCCCUGUGCUGCUCUCUACUUUGUGGCUCUAAUGACCUUCGGCAACUACGUCCUCUUCAACCUGCUGGUGGCCAUCUUGGUAGAGGGCUUUCAGGCUGAGGGGGAUGCCAACCGGUCGUACUCCGAAGACGACAGGUCCUCGUGUAACUUUGACGAGAACUCUGACAAGCUGAAGGACUCGCUUCAUCUCUCUGACCCUAAGAUCUGCACCCUAACCCCCAACGGUCACCUGGACCUGUCCCCAACGCCCACGGGUCUGUACACGGCCGACAGGCUCACUUUCGCUCUGGGCUCACGCAAAAACAGUGUCAUCUCUCUGGGCAGGGCUAACCUGGAGGGCAGGGCUCUGUGUCCGGGGCGCAGCUCCCUGUACCACAACUGGGGCCGCCCUGCCUUCCAGACCCAGGCAAUGUGGGGCCGGCGGUCCAGCUGGAACAGCCUGGGUCGGCCCUCCCGAGCCUUGGGCCUGGGAUUGGAGGUAGGAGGAGGGGGCAGCCUGCGCUCCUGCAGCCCCCACGCCGCCAACCCAGCCGAGCAGGAGUCCCUCCUCUCCCCCCCUCACCCUCCCUCACACCUCGCCCACCCUCCUCCCCUCCUGGCCCGACACUUUGUCCCGCAGCGGGACCGCCGGGCGCUGUCCUUGGAGCUACCAGAGCUCCUCCAGGUCCCGGGGAACCCCCUGGCGCAGCUGCUGCCUUACUCCAGGAAGAAGAGCUUCUCCGGUGGGCUGGUUGGUGGAGGGGCUGGGGGGGAGCACCAGGACUGCAAUGGGAAGGCCCCCUCGGCCCAGCUCCAGCUUCAACUUCAGCUGCCACCACAUCCACAUCCCCAUCCACAGCUACUGACAGAGGUGUUCCCUCAGGUCAACACACGCAAGGACAGAGAGGACCUGGACGAUGACAUCGACUAUAGUCUGUGUUUCCGUAUCCAGAAGAUGAUGGAGGUUUACAGGCCAGAGUGGUGCGAGACCAGAGAGGACUGGUCUGUCUUCCUCUUCUCUCCUCAGAACAGGUUCAGGCGGGUAUGCCAGUCCAUCAUAGCCUACAAGAUGUUUGACUAUGUGGUGCUAGCAUUCAUCUUCUCCAACUGUAUCACCGUGGCUCUGGAGAGACCCAAGAUCAUGCAGGGCAGCCUGGAAAGAGUAUUCCUAACCAUCUCCAACUACGUCUUCACAGCCAUCUUUGUAGCGGAGAUGACGCUCAAGGUGGUGUCUAUGGGCCUGUAUAUAGGGGAACAGGCAUAUCUGAAAAGCAGCUGGAACGUGUUGGACGGCUUCCUGGUCUUUGUGUCGUUGAUUGACAUUGUGGUGUCCAUGGCGGGCGGGGCUAAAAUCCUGGGGGUGCUGAGGGUUCUCAGAUUACUCCGCACACUGCGCCCCCUCAGGGUGAUCAGUCGAGCCCCAGGUCUGAAGCUGGUAGUGGAGACUCUGAUAACGUCUCUGAAACCUAUAGGAAACAUUGUCCUUAUCUGCUGUGCUUUCUUCAUCAUAUUUGGUAUCCUGGGGGUGCAGCUGUUCAAAGGGAAGUUCUUCUACUGCUUCGGCCCCGACGUCAAGAACAUCACCAACAAGUCUGACUGUCUGCAGGCCAACUACAAAUGGGUCCAUCACAAGUACAACUUUGACAACCUGGGACAGGCUCUGAUGUCCCUGUUUGUGCUGGCUUCGAAGGACGGCUGGGUCAACAUCAUGUACCAUGGCCUGGACGCUGUAGGGGUGGACCAACAGCCAGUGAUCAACAACAGUCCGUGGAUGCUCCUCUACUUCAUCUCUUUCCUCCUCAUCGUCAGUUUCUUCGUUCUCAACAUGUUUGUGGGCGUGGUGGUGGAGAACUUCCACAAGUGCCGUCAGAACCAGGAAGUGGAAGAGGCUAAAAGGAGAGAGGAUAAACGACGGAGACGCAUGGAGAAGAAGAGGAGGGACGCCCAGAAGAUCCCCUACUAUGCCAGCUACAGCUCCCUCCGCCUGUGGAUCCACACUCUGUGUACCACCUACUACCUGGACCUCUUCAUCACCUUCAUCAUCUGUAUCAACGUCAUCACCAUGUCACUGGAACACUACAGCCAGCCACGAUCUCUGGAUCUAGUGUUGAAGUACUGUAACUAUUUCUUCACGUCCACCUUUGUACUGGAGACCCUCCUGAAGCUCACCGCCUUCGGCUUCCGACGCUUCUUUAAAGACAGGUGGAACCAGUUGGAUCUGGCCAUCGUGUUGCUGUCAGUGAUGGGCAUCACUCUGGAAGAGAUCGACUACAGCGCUUCUCUCCCCAUCAACCCUACCAUCAUACGCAUCAUGAGGGUGUUGAGGAUCGCACGAGUUCUGAAGCUGCUGAAGAUGGCUAAAGGAAUGAGAGCUCUGCUGGAUACGGUGGUCCAAGCCCUACCACAGGUGGGGAACCUGGGCCUGCUCUUCAUGCUCCUGUUCUUCAUCUAUGCAGCACUGGGGGUGGAGCUGUUUGGAGAACUGGUGUGUAACGAGGACUACCCGUGUGAGGGGAUGAGCCGCCAUGCUACCUUUGAGAACUUUGGCAUGGCCUUCCUCACCCUGUUCCAGGUCUCCACUGGGGACAACUGGAAUGGAAUCAUGAAGGACACGUUGAGGGAGUGCCCUACGGACUACGGGCCUGACUACUCCUGCAACCCCAGCCUGCAGUUCAUCUCUCCCAUGUACUUUGUGUCCUUUGUGUUGACGGCCCAGUUCGUCCUGAUCAACGUGGUGGUGGCGGUGUUGAUGAAGCACCUGGAUGACUCCAACAAGGAGGCCAAGGAGGAGGCGGAGAUGGAUGCUGAGAUUGAGCUGGAGCUGGCCACGGGGGCCCUCUGCUGCAUGGGACCGGAGGGAGUCUGCGCAGGAGGGAAGAAAGGUGGAGGAGCAGGGGGAGGUGGCGGGGGAGGUGUGGGAGAGAGUCAGUGGCUGGACAGUGUGUCUCUGCUGAUAAAGGACUCAUUUGAAGGAGAGAUGAUUGACAACCUCUCUGGAUCUGUCUUCCAUCACUACUCCUCUAGCUCUCUUCCUGUCUGGAAGGACUGCAAGAGCCACCCGCAACUAGAGCAGAUCCGGCUGGCAGAGAUAGAGCAGGCGUCUCUGAGGUCAGACCAAAUGUCAGACAAGUCGUCCUCUCCAGCCCUACCUGAUGACCUCAGCCUGGACGACCAGAGUGUCCACCAGCUGCUGGUGCGGGAGUGCAAGGAUGAGAAGGGCAGUGACUCCCAGGGCUUAGAGGAAGCUGGUGGAGGAGGGGGCUCCCUGACCCAGGCCCAGACAGGGGGGUCGAGGCACUGCAGGGCCCACAGUUCAGUAGCCAAAGAGGGGACUCCACUGCUGGUGGAGGGAGCGGCCAGUGCCUCUGGUUCUCCUGCUCUUAUCCGUCUGCCAGCGGAGUUCUUCCACCCUGUGGCAGCAGCGGCCCUGCCUGCGCCCCUUAGGGCCAGAGUAGGGCGCACCUCGCAGGGUCUCAGACUCACCUCCCCGGCCUCCUGGGCCUCCCUGCGCUCCCCAGGAGCCCACAGCCGGGUGCUCUGCACGCAGUACCCGUCCCAUAGUGACUCGUCUCUGGCCACGGGGAGCUCCGAUGGCAGCCUCCAGACCACCCUGGAGGAAGGACUCAGCUUCAGUGUUUCGCCCCCUCAAGACCUGAAGCCCCCUCUCCCCCUGCUCUGCCCCCUGCCCCACCCGCUCCCUGAGGACUCCACCAGCUGCCCACCAGGCCAGACUCUGAGACCGCGGCCCAGCCCCUCGUCAGGCCCUGCCCUCACCCUCCAGGCCACUCGGGGCCACCAGCGGAGCCAGAGCAGCGGCAGGGGUAGCAUCAGCCCCGGCUACACCCGGGAGGACUCCAUGAACCCCGAUCUGUGCGACCUGGAGGACCUGGGCAUCGGGAUCAGUUCGUCCAUCGGGGGGUGUAGCUCCAGCCAGGCAGGCAACAGCGAACACUUGUCGGAGACGCUAAGCAGCCUGUCGCUCACAUCGUUGCUCUCGCCCGCCUCCCUGGCGCCCCCAGGGGUGAAGAAAUGCAACAGCACGGGGAGCUUGGACCAGGGGGCGAGGAGGGGGGAGGGGAGACAGAUCCUAGGAUUGGAGUUGGACUCCCAGGGCUUCCUGGCCAACCCGUGGGGAGAGAGUGGGGGAGAGGCAACGGAGGGACAGUUGGGAGAGGCAACGGGCCUCAAGGGGAAUAGCUCAAGCCAAACGACAGUAGGGUCCUGUAGUAAAAACAGAUGAAGCCUGAAUCCUUUGUUGUCUACUACCACUCCUAUUAGGAUUCAUCAACCCAUACUGUUCCUCUCUGUCCCCCUCAGGCAGAGAGAAGUUUGACGUUUUUGACAACGUGUGAUGUAAUCCCGUGAAUUCCUAUAACCAAACCCCUCCCUCUCUCUAUAUAUAUAUAUAUUUAUGUUUAUAACCCCCCUGUCCCAUUUUGUGCUACCCUGUGGCAGUGGUUCAGGUGUGGAGGGUCAGAGGUCAAACGGUGGAAGGUUAAAGGGGAUUACAGGUGUGACCCCUGUGGUGGGGGAUGGGAUGGACCCCCCAUUGUACCCCUCUGGAGGAGAAGGACCCCCAGAGUAGGAGACAGACCAGGAGGGCUGCAUCAUCAUAUCAGGGAGAUAUACAUAGAAGACAUAGACAGAGACAAGCUGAGACAGAGAUCUAACGAGAACAUUUUUGUCUUAUCAUCGUUCCUGUUUUCCUGUUUGUUUUCCUUUUUUCUUCGGCUUCACAGAAGUUUAAAAUGCAAAAAUAGAAUAUCUAAAAAAAAACUGAGCUGAUCAAGCCAACAGUGUGGCUGUACGUCGCGGUGUAGGAGGAGGCUGUAUGUACGUUGCGGUGUAGGAUGAGGCUGAAUGUACGUCACGGUGUAGGAGGAGGAAGUUUCUCCUGGAGGGCAGAAGCCAGAUCUAAUUCCCAUCUGUUGUGGCAGACGGAGGCUACAGGUCCUUGUGUGUGGAGUGGAGGAGGGCUGAGGAGGCCUCGGUUGAACAGAGGUAGUGUAGAGUUCAGUUGAGAAGGAGUGCUGAGACUUAGGUAGCAAAGGCAUGCAUUAACUUAUCAUCACCAUCACCUAACCCCUUCCCUCCACCGGUACUUUUCAGGAAGGUGUGUGUGAGUGUGAGUGUGUGUGUGAGUGUGUGUACGUGUGUGUGUCUAAGUGAUAGUACAACAGGAAAAAGAGAGACCAUACUAAGAUCCCACUCCUGCAUGCAGUGGUUUGUGAAAUGGCUAUUUGAUCCCAGCGCCACUCACUCAGAGAGGAGAACAGGGAAUGAAUAAGAGAGACAGGACAGCCUGCUAUAUCCACUCACAGUAGGAGAGCCUCUCUGUCAAAGACACUGGCCCUCCUGAGACAAACAAACUGAGGUGAGGAGACGAGACGAGCACCAUUCACUCUGGGAGAUGAAAAACUCACACCUGCAUACAGUUGCUUCACAAUGGGAUGUGUGUGAAAUUCAAACCUGUCACUUCUUUCUCUUUGUCACUUUGCGAAAAUAAGGAAGGAAGAAUAUAUCAGAGAUAUGAAUUCCAGACCACUAGAGCCUCCUCCUAGAAGAUGGAGGCAGUUUGCCUGCAUGAUGGAAUUAUUGCAUUUUACCAAGAGUUUUAAUAUAUAUACCGAAGUGUAUCAAGAUGUCAAUGUUGGGAUGAUAAUUAUAAAGUGGUUUCUAUUCCAAUAUUUUUUUAGAAUACAGAAUAGGAGCGCGACAGUGUUGUCAUGACUUUGUCCUUAACCUAUACCUUACCCGUACGAUUUCUCGUAUAACUUAUUGUCGAAAACCUUUUGUCUGCAAGUGGCUUUCAGUUUUAUAAUGUGGGGUUAAAAAUAUAUACUUUUUAUUAUUAAAAGUGUGUGGAGAGAACAAACAAGCAAAAAUAAUUAAAUAAGCUCUGUGCGCUGAAGAAAAAGUUCCCUUGGGCACACGGAACUUUGGGAAUUUUCGUUCCUCCUGGAAUUUUGGAUUUUGGAAUCCCAGAUGAAGACAAAAGGAGGGAAGGGCCAUAAUUUCGCAGCACAGGAGAACAUUUCCUAAUCACAGACAUUCCAGGGACGAACAGGGAACGUUGUUGCUUAGCUUAGCCUUCUAUGCUAACACCAAGACGAAAAAACAUUGCUGAUCUUUUUGAAAGCUUUAAUUUGAGUGUCAUACAAUACAUAAUGACACAUUGAAUUAUUGACACAUCAAUGUUCCUUAGCAUGGUUAUGGGAUUGCAAUAGGAUGCUUCUCCUUGUUUAAAAUAAACGUAAUACACUCACCCCUUCUAUCUCUCUCUCUAACACACAUCUGUAGUAGCAAACCCUAGUUUUGAUAUCAAGCUGUCACUGUAACAAUUAAUGAACUUUGCAUAUUUUCCCAACUUUUUGGUAUGCCACUCAGUACAUCUGAGAUGAAGUGGCCAUCUUAGCCUGACCUAGAAUACACUCUUGUACUCCUAGUGUUUUUUUGUGUGUUUUUUUUCUCAUUGAGGUGAUGAGCAAAGUUUGGUUUGACCUGUUUAAUGAACUUCAUUGCCAUUUAAUUUCAUCACAGGUGAUUUGUCUUUAACAUGUUUGUAACAUGUGGGAUAUCGGUGAGUGAUUAUUGCUAUGGGUUGUCUGUUACUAUAACUUCAGGAGAUGCCACUUUAUUAUUAUAGUCCACACCUGGACCGUCUUGGUUAAUGGUGGUGGGAAUAGGUAGAAGUUGCCCCUAACCACUGAUACAGGGUCAGAUAUUAGUUAAUCCCCUUAAUGUUUAAGGUUAGAAUAAAGGGUUGAGUAAUCUGAUCCUAGAUCUGUGGUUAGGGGCGACUUCUACCUCAAGGUGUUUUAGAAGUAAAACAUGAGUGUGUGGGUUGACAGGAACCAUAACGAAACCUUGAAGGGCUGUUUUAGCUUCAAAGAUGUUCUCAUAAAUGACGAGACAAACCUCUUAAGUCAAUGACUAUGGCAUCAAAGGUAAGCCUAACGGCACAGCAAUAAAUGUUCUAUGUGUUUGCCCUGA